AAGUUUGCGAUGUGGGACAAUCUAAAAAACAAACUUUUAAAAAACCCUAAGUCCUUUGCCCACACUCGCACUUCAACACCAGCAUAAACAUCAUCCGGAACUAGGGCUUUAGCAGCAAGUGAGAAACGAGGAGGAGGAGCCAAAUCCUCUCUCUUUCUUUGGAAUUAGGAUUUCUGAAUCUCUUUCUUUCGAAGUGAAACAGGGAGUCAAGUGAAAAUGGUCGCGGACAAGAGCAAGAAGGCGAAAACUGAUGAGAAAGUCGAAGAGGAAAACGUGGAGCAAAUCGACGGCGAGCUUGUUAUCUCAAUCGAGAAGCUUCAGGAGAUUCAAGACGACCUCGAGAAGAUUAAUGAAAAGGCAAGCGAUGAGGUCUUGGAAGUGGAGCAGAAAUAUAACGAGAUACGAAAACCUGUCUAUGACAAGCGUAAUGAAGUUAUCAAAUCGAUUCCAGACUUUUGGAUAACUGCUUUUUUGAGUCAUCCUGCAUUAGGUGAACUCUUGACAGAAGAAGACCAAAAGAUUUUUAAGUACUUGAGCUCUCUGGAUGUGGAGGACGCAAAAGACGUUAAAUCUGGAUACUCGAUAACUUUUCACUUCAAUCCCAACCCAUUUUUUGAGGAUGCGAAACUUACUAAGACGUUUACCUUCCUCGAAGAAGGAACAACGAAGAUCACAGCAACUCCUAUCAAAUGGAAGGAGGGCAAGGGCUUGCCAAAUGGAGUGAACCAUGAUGAUAAGAAAGGAAACAAACGUACACUACCAGAGGAGAGCUUCUUUACUUGGUUUACUGAUGCUCAGCAUAAGGAAGAUGCUGGGGAUGAGAUUCAUGAUGAGGUUGCUGAUAUUAUCAAGGAAGAUUUGUGGUCCAACCCUCUCACCUACUUCAACAAUGAGGCUGAUGAAGAGGAUUUUGAUGGAGAUGAAGAUGGCGACGAAGAGGGAAAAGAAGAAGACUCCGAAGAAGACGAAGAGGACGAAGAGGAAGAUGGCGAGGAAUGAUGGGAGCCCAAGAUAACACAUUGCUGGCUUGCUUCUAUAACAGAUGUGUAAAGUUUGUGUUAUGAGGUUCUCAAUUUUAGCAAUGAUGAGACGCAGCUUUCUACUUUGAAAUAUUUAGUUUAUCUACCUUAAUAGCUACAUUUUGUCUGUAUGAACCAUUUCGGCCAUGUCCCAAAAUCAUUUAAUCGCUACAUCUCUUCUUUUCAAUGAGAAUCUUUCUAUCUUAUCAU